AUGCCAUGGCUUACAUAUUUUGAAUGGCUCACUUCGUUCGUGGAUUACUGUUUAAAUUUUCCAUUUUGCAUCUCCGGAAUAUUGGUCUGCGUCGACUCCAACUGUGAACAAAUUCUUCUCUGAUUGGUGAGGUAAUAUUUUUGCGUGCCGACAGACUGUCGAAACGCGAAGACCACGUUCAAUGCCGUUGGAACAUGUCCUAUGUUCCCUUUCAAGAUGCGAGGUGUGCUGUCCCCCCCUCCUAUCGCUCCCACGCCCCCUCCUUCGCUGCUCCCUCCUACGACCACCCUGGCUGGGACCCCCGUGUGCGUGUGACCUCUGGAAAUCAGCUCUACAUGUUGGACCAGGAAGAGGUACACCCGUUGCUGAUGCGCGAGCGGCGCUCCGAGUCGCACAGGAACAAGCUGCUGCGCAGGACAGUGAGCGUUCCUGUUGAGGGGAGGCACCAUCCAGAGAUGGACAACGCUCGCGCCAGGCGGAAGAGCAUAGCCACCGGGAAGCAGCCGAGCAUGGAGACCCCCCCCUCUGCCCCCCCUCAACCUUUCCGACAAUCCCCCUGGCCCCAGUGCAGGCGGGCGGCCAGCACGCCACCGCCGCCCCCGCCGCGCUCGCUCCCGCUCCCGCUCUCCCCGUCCCUGUCCCUGUCGCUCACGCUGCCCCCGUCGCUGCCUCCGUCGCUGCCUUCGCCCUGCCGCUCGCCGUUCGCCCUCUGGGCGGGCGACUGGAGGCUGCCCGGGAGCCCGAGCCACGGGGCCACGUCGCCGCUUAUCGCGCCGCUGCCCUCCGUGGAGAGUUUCCUGAGCCGCAGACUGAAGGGUUCCAUUAAGCGGGCCAAGAGCCAGCCCAAACUGGACCGCACCAGCAGCUUCCGCCACAUGAUCCUGCCCCGGUUCCGCAGCGCUGAUCAGGAACGGACUCGCCUGAUGCAGAGCUUCAAGGAGUCCCAUUCCCAUGAGUCUUUGCUGUCUCCCAGUAGUGCAGCGGAGGCCCUGGACCUCACCCUGGACGAGGAUGCCAUCAUCAAGCCUGUCCACUCCAGCAUCCUGGGCCAGGAGUAUUGCUUUGAGGUGACGACGGCUUCGGGAACAAAGUGCUUCGCAUGCCGCUCUGCCGCAGAGAGAGACAAAUGGAUCGAGAAUCUUCAGAGAGCCGUCAAGCCCAACAAGGACAACAGCCGGCGGGUGGACAACGUGCUGAAGCUGUGGAUCAUCGAGGCGCGCGAGCUGCCGCCCAAGAAGCGCUACUACUGCGAGCUGUGCCUGGACGACAUGCUGUACGCGCGCACCACCAGCAAGCCGCGCACCGACACCGUCUUCUGGGGCGAGCACUUCGAGUUCAACAACCUGCCGGCCGUCCGCAACCUCCGCCUGCACCUGUACAAGGAGACCGACAAGAAGAGACGCAAGGAGAAGAGCACCUACUUAGGCCUGGUCAGCAUCCCCAUCUCCAGCAUCACCGGCCGGCAGUUUGUGGAGCAGUGGUACCCCGUCAUCCAGCCCAGCGUCCUGACCAAAGGGGGCGGCGUCGGGGGCGGCAAGAUCAUCAACGCCUCGCUGCGCCUCAAGUCGCGCUACCAGACCAUGAGCAUCCUGCCCAUGGAGCUGUACAAGGAGUUCGCCGAGUACGUCACCAACAACUACCGCACGCUGUGCGCCGUGCUGGAGCCGCUGCUGAGCGUCAAGAGCAAAGAGGAGGUGGCCUGCGCCCUGGUGCACAUCCUGCAGAGCACGGGGAAAGCAAAGGACUUUCUGUCGGAUAUGGCCAUGUGUGAGGUGGACCGCUUCAUCGACAGAGAGCACCUGAUCUUCCGCGAGAACACCCUGGCCACCAAAGCUAUAGAAGAGUACCUCAAACUGAUUGGACAUAAGUACCUCAAGGAUGCUUUAGGUGACUUCAUCCGAGCCCUGUACGAGUCUGAGGAGAACUGUGAGGUGGACCCCAUGAGAACCCCUCCCUCUGUCCUCGCCGACCACCAAGCCAACCUGCGCAUGUGCUGUGAGCUGGCACUCUGCAAGAUCGUCAACUCCCAUUGCGUGUUCCCUCGCGAGCUCAAGGAGGUGUUCGCCUCGUGGCGGGUGCGCUGCGCCGAGCGUGGCCGCGAGGACAUCGCCGACCGCCUCAUCAGCGGCUCGCUCUUCCUGCGCUUCCUGUGUCCGGCCGUCAUGUCGCCGUCGCUCUUCAACCUCACCCAGGAGUACCCGGACGAGCAGACGUCGCGCACCCUCACCCUCAUCGCCAAGGUGGUGCAGAACUUGGCCAACUUCUCCAAGUUUGGCACUAAGGAGGAGUACAUGUGCUUCAUGAACGAGUUCCUGGAGAUGGAGUGGGGCUCCAUGCAGCAGUUCCUGUACGAGAUCUCCAACCUGGACAGCGUGACCAACGCGGGGGCCUUCGAGGGCUACAUCGACCUGGGCCGCGAGCUCUCCAUCCUGCACAGCCUGCUCUGGGAGGUCAUGGCCCAGCUCAGCAAGGUGCUCAACGCAAACGACGCCAUCAUCAAACUCGGCCCAUUACCCCGGCUGCUUAACGACAUCAGCAUGGCCCUGCGCAACCCGCACCUCCAGCGGCAGCCCAGCCACCAGACGGACCGGCAGCAGGAGCGGCAGGCCGAGCGGCUCCGCUCCAGACCCAGCUUCAACCGGGGCGUCUCCUCCGACUUCCAGAACCUUAUGAUGCGGGACCUGAACAGUUCCAUAGAUGUCACCCGCUUGCCUUCCCCGACCUCUGCCAUGUCCGGUGGAGGUGUGGGCGUGCCCCAAAGGGCUGGGAUGGGGGGGUUCAUGGACCGCGACCACCCUCACCGAGCCUCGUCGAAAGACGUCUUCUACGUGACCCGACCCCCGUUGGCCCGCUCCAGCCCCGCCUACUGCACCAGCAGCUCCGACAUCACUGAGCCGGACGCCAAGGAGUCGCGCAUGAACAGCGUGUCUAAUCUGCAGUCUGUGGGGGAUAUGCUCAACUCCUCCCAGGCCUCCCUCUCCGGCCUCGGCAGCUUCGGCGGCCUCGGAGGCUCCAGCGGCGGUGUCGGCGGCGGCGGCGGCGGCGGUAGCGGAGGCGGCGGGAGCGGCAGCGGGGGCCUGGGCGGUCAGCUGCGCGCUGGCGGCCGCCUGUCGGCCGGCUCGGGCGGCUCCAGCAUGUCCGGCGGGCUGCGGCUGGGCCAGCUGAGCCAGAUGGGCGCCACCACCGACUCGCUCUCCCAGCAGCAGCAGCAGCAGGCGGCCGCCAUGCGCUACCCGCUCUCCUUCCAGAACCCGCUGUUCCACCUGGCCGCCGACGGGCCCCAGCACCAACACCACCACCCGCACCCCCAUCAGCUCCACCACCAGCACCCGCACGGCGGCGGCGGCGGACGCGCCCAGCCCCCGCCCCCCCUGCUGCUCGCCCCGGAGCCCGACGGCGUCCACCAGGUCUACGCGCCGCAGUUCGGCCACAGCGGCUUCUCGCGCAGCGAGGACCUGUCCACCCUCCGCACGGCGGCCCACCUGGGCCAGCCCAGCAUCAUCCACUCGCACAGCUACAGCGACGACUACACGCGCCACAGCCAGGCCGACUACGGCCGCCGCCAGCUCUCCAUGCACAUGCAGGAAAACCUCCAGCAGCAGGAAAUGAUGGGCCUUGCGUCCCAGACGGGCACCUCCCACUCCUCGCUGGCCUCGCCCCCGUCCACCGUCCAGCCUGUGCGCCAGAGCUCCAUGGCGCCCCCCGGUGGGCAGCCGCAGCCGGCGCAACGCAUGAAGUCGCAGACGUCGCACCAGCUGUCCGUCAGCUCGGCCGCCGCCUCCACCCCGCCCAAGCAGCAGCAGCAGCAGCGCCCGCAGAGCGGCAACCUCCUGCAGUCGCCCGAGUCGCAGGGGGGGUACGGCGGCGGCGGCGGCGGCGGUGGAGGGCGGCAGCAGCACCAGGCGCCGCCGCGCCAGCAGCUCUCGGUGAAGGACAACACGGCGCCCGGGCUGCCCCACCAGCAGAGCUCGGCGCGCGAGAGCCAGGGCUCGCAGGGCUCGCAGGCGGGCACGCCGCAGUCCACGCAGCAGUCGUCCAAGCAGCAGCCUCAGCAGCAGCACCUGCUGAAACCCACCAUGAGCAAGCAGGGUUCUCAGUCCCCCUCCACCCUCAACCCCCCCACCCCGGCCUCGGAGCGGACGGUGGCCUGGGUGUCCAACAUGCCCCACCUGUCGGCCGACAUCGAGAGCUCACGCAUCGACCGAGAGGACUUCAAGCUGAAAGAGUACUCUAAGAGUAUGGACGAGUCUCGGCUGGAUAGGGUGCGCGAGUACGAGGAGGAGAUCAACUCUCUGAAGGACCGCCUGGUGAUGUCCCACCGCAAGCUGGAGGAGUACGAGCGCCGGCUGCUCACGCAGGAGCAGCAGACCAAUAAGAUCCUGCUGCAGUACCAGAGUCGGCUGGACGACAGCGAGCGGAGGCUCCAUCAGCAGCAGCAGGAGAAAGACUGCCAGAUUAAAGGAAUUAUAAACAGACUCAUGGCUGUGGAGGAUGAGCUGAGGGGUGGAGCUUUGGUUGAGCCCAAAACCAGGAUAUUCGCUGAGCAGGAAGGCCAGCUUUCCUCCUUGGGUUCAGCAGACCGCAGUGUGAGUAAAGGAGGAGGAAGAGGAAUAGCCCUCGCAGCUGACCAUGGAGUCUCUUCCUCUGGAAUCUCCUCAGACAAACCCCCCCGGAACGGAGUCCUGUCCCCCCCGUCAGCCCCGUCUCCUCGUCCCCCUCCUCACCCUCACCACAGACAGAAUGGAGAGCUCCGUGGCAACCAAAACCCCAGCCCAUUGUCAGUCACAACGGCAACUAGCACCCCAGCAACCAAGUCACCAGACAGUCUGGCCUAG